AUGAAUAUCAGACGGUCCGGCUGCCGCCAAUUUAACUUUGGCCAAGGUGAUUUUCCGCGAAGUGUCAGCCGAUUCGACCCCGAAGAAAGAGAACGUCCUCAACAUCAAGAACAACCUGACAUCUACCAGAUAAAGGCUCACUUCACAAACGAGGAAUCGAUAAGCAUCGAAGGGGAAAUAAAAUUCCCGAAGGGAUUCGAUGCACGCGUUAAAAAUGUUGCGUAA